UAGCAUAACAAACGUGAAACAUGUGUACCUGUCCUAAUAUUAAUCUACUUUCGAUUAUGGACAGCCAGACUCCAGCAGCUCGGGAACUGGAGUGUGAAAUAUCUGAUCUUAGUUCAAUGUUUUCAAGUGUGACAGAAGAAAAGGAGGAGGAGGAGGAGGAGCAGGAGGAGGACAGGACAGCUCCGCCUUCACCUUGUCACGGAAUUCACAAGGGAGAAUUUCAGGACGUCAGAUCCUGAAAAAACACAUCCUAAUCCAUUUUCUAACAUCAGCGACCUGUGUGUGUUUUAUAUUAUUCAUGCGUGAUUGCUAUAUUGGACGUGUUUUGUUUCCAAGGGCAUUUAUACGUAUUUAUUACCAAUGUGCAACUUUUACACUUGAUUCUCCUGAAAUUGCUGCAGGACACGCUGAUCUCGCGCUGGCGACUCCCUGAUUUACACUGUUUCAGGUGUGUUUCUCUUUGCGAUUCUCAUCAACUCAGGAAUUAUGGGAUGCUGCGGCAGCACACAGAAGACACGCGACUGGAAACCCUUAGAGCAGAGGAAGUGCACAGAUAUCCCAUGGCUGCUCCUGUUCAUCCUCUUCAACAUCGGCAUGCUCUGCAUCUGUGGCUUCGCCAUAGCAACAGGGGCCGCCUCAAGACUCAUAUCAGGGUACGACAGCUACGGGAACACCUGCGGUCAGAAGAAUGCCAAAAUCCCAGAAAUAGAGCUCAGCGGCCUGGACCACACCUCCAGAAAGUAUGUGUUUUUCCUGGACCCCUGCAAGAUCGAUGUAUUGAAAAGGAAGAUUAAAUCUGUGGCUUUGUGCGUCUCAAAGUGCCCAGAGACUGAGCUGAAGACUUACGAGGAUCUCACAAAGUUCUCAACCGUUAAUGGAUCUGAUUUAUGCACCUAUGACUUACAACCAGACACAUAUUCAUCUCACCCUAAUAGAGCUACAAAAUGUCCAACACUUCCUGUCCAUCGAAGUGCAUCUUUACCAGUGUUUCAUCGCUGUAUGCCUGCUGACAUUUCCUGCUUUACUGAGUUUGCGGAGGCAUUCAUCACUUUCGUCAGCGACAACAGCGUGGUACACCGGGUCAUCGCUGGAGUGAUGACAUCCAAAGAGAUCAUCAUGGGCCUGUGUCUGCUAGCUCUCGUUCUGUCUCUGAUUCUGAUGGUUGUGAUCCGCUACAUAUCCGUGCUUCUGGUCUGGAUCCUUACAGCUGUUGUGGUGGUCGGGUCAAUUGGUGGAGCUGGUAUUUUGUGGUGGCUAUACGUGGAUCAAGGGAAAGCAGUGAACGCCACUCUACCGGCUCAUGAACUGGAGGUUGCCAGAGACAACCAACAAGCCCUGCUCAUCUACGCCAUCGCUGCCACUGUUUUCACGGUGAUUCUGCUCCUGCUGAUGUUCUUCAUGAGGAAGCGUGUGGCGCUCACCAUCGCUCUGUUCCAUGUGGCCGGGAAAGUGUUCACCCAUCUGCCCCUGCUAGCUCUGCAGCCUUUCUGGACCUUCCUCACGCUCAUGCUCUUCUGGGUUUACUGGAUCACCGUGCUCCUCUUCCUCGGAACCGCAGGAAGUCCAGUGAAGAAUAACCAGACGGGCCUGGUGGAGUUUCAUAUGGACGGGCCGCUACAGUACAUGGUGUGGUACCAUGCCGUGGGUCUCAUCUGGAUCAGUGAGUUCAUCCUCGCCUGUCAGCAGAUGACUGUAGCUGGCGCUGUGGUCACAUACUACUUCACUAGAGAUAAGUCUCAGCUGCCCUUCACGCCCAUAGUGUCAUCUGUCCUGCGUCUGAUGCGCUAUCAUUUGGGAACCGUAGCUAAAGGAGCCUUCAUCAUCACUCUAGUGGAGAUUCCUCGCCUCAUCCUCACCUACAUCCACAGUCAGCUCAAAGGAAAAGAAAACGCCUGUGCCCGCUGCAUGCUGAAGGCGUGUAUCUGCUGUCUAUGGUGUCUAGAAAAGUGCCUCACUUACCUGAACUUGAACGCAUAUACGGCAACGGCCAUUAACAGCACCAGCUUCUGCACAUCUGCACGAGAUGCUUUCCUCAUUCUUGUGGAAAACGCUCUCCGUGUGGCAGCUAUCAACAGUGUUGGGGACUUUGUCCUGUUUUUGGGAAAGGUGUUGAUCGUGUCAUGCACGGCGUUUGCGGGCGUCCUUUCGUUGAACUAUCAGCGCGAGUACACAGUCUGGGUGCUGCCGCUCAUCAUCGUGUGUGUGUUCGCCUUCCUGGUGGCCCACUGUUUCCUCUCCAUCUAUGAGAGCGUAGUAGACGUACUCUUCCUUUGCUUCGCCAUCGACACAAAGUACAACGACGGCAGCCCGGGCAGCGAGUACUACAUGGACAAGACCCUUAUGGAGUUUGUAGAGAAUGCCAGGAAAGCGAACGAGAAGUACAGCAAAGCAGAAGGAGACAGUCGGGAAAUGAAAUCAAUGACUGGAGGUACACUGGCUUGAUGAAAACCUGCGUGGUGUUACAUCAUCUGACACUC